AUGGCCCGGCCGGCACCGUUGUCUGUGCUGCCAUUGACCAAUGUGCUCCGGUCCCUCAUGACGACGACCGUUUCAUCGUCCCCACUCCUACUCCCACCAUCUCUAGCCAUGAUGUCUAUCCUGGCGAACACCUCUACUGCGGUGCUCAACCCAGACAAGAAUGCAAUUCUCCGGUUUUUUCUCAAAAAGACGUUUUAUGCCCAAUUUUGCGCCGGCGAGAACCCGCUCGAAGUACGACGGACGAUCGAAUCGCUCAAGACGAUCGGCUUGAGCGGCGUCAUUUUGGGUUACGCCAAGGAAGUCGUGCUUACCGAAGCACAGAUGAAGGACCUUGCCUCAUGCAACACUGGCGCUGCCGCGGACGAUUGUGUGCGAACCGAGAUCACUCCCUGGGCCAACGGUACCAUGGAGACGGUACGGCUUGCCUCGCCGGGCGAUUUCGUCGCGCUAAAGUUUACUGGCGCCGGCCGACAAGCGCUCUACGUCCUCUCCCAGCGCUUGGAGCCUUCCGAGGCGUUGUCAUCCGCCAUUGAUAGCAUCUGCCAACUCGCUGCGGCGCGGGGUGUACGCCUGCUUUUUGACGCAGAGCAACAGGCCCUCCAGCCAGGUAUCGACGACUGGUCCAUUGAGUACAUGCGGAAAUACAACACCGGGGUUAACGCUGUUGUCUAUGGCACAUACCAGGCGUACCUCAAAUCGACACCAUCGACGAUCAGCAGGCACCUUGCCGCGGCUCGCGAGGGUGGCUUCACCCUCGGCGUCAAGCUUGUCCGCGGCGCCUAUUUGGGUUCCGACCCCCGCCAUCUCAUCCACGACACCAAGGCUGACACGGACGCGGCUUACGACGGCAUCUCUGAAGCGCUACUGCGGGGGCAAUGGAGCGCGGGACUCGAGCCACCGCCGAGCAAGCCGGGUGAGGCUGCCGCGUUUCCCAGCGUGAACCUGGUCGUGGCCACGCACAACCGGGAGUCGGUGGUGAAGGCGCGAAAGAUCCUUUCUGAGACCAACACCGGCGUGGACGUCGCGUUUGCCCAACUUCAGGGGAUGGCCGACGAAAUCAGCUGCGAGUUGGUAACGACCGCCGCCGACAAGACACCGCGCGCCUACAAGUACCUCGUCUGGGGCUCGACUGGCGAGUGUAUGAAGUAUUUACUGCGGAGGGCGCACGAGAACAAGGAUGCAGUGCAGCGGACACGGGCUGGGCGGGAUGCAAUGCGGGUUGAGUUGUUCCGGAGGUUGAAGAGUCUCUUUGGGUUGUCGAUGUAA